GCAGAUGGAGGAAGGGACUGAGCGAAGCACAGAGACACACUUCUGGGAUAUACAUACAUAGAUUUGAGUAUUUACGGCGGGAGGCAGCAAGAAAAAAUAUUUUGAUUCUGUUCUGGAGGAGACUGAGAUAUUGUUUCAAAGGAACUUAAAACUGGUUCAGUUUUUCCAACAAGUUGCCUCCUCUCGUCAUCAUGAGGUCGCUGGUCCUGGCCUUGGCCUUCUUCUGCCUGUUGUGCUGCAGCGCAGCGCGUCCAGAGAGACGACGUCCCAAACUGGUCACGGUCAAACGACGAAACGACACAACCAUCCAGAACAACACACCGGAGAAUCCAUGUAAAGCCACGCCGCUGGAUUUCAUCUUCGUCAUCGACAGCUCCAGGAGCAUCCGACCCGAAGACUACGACAAGGUCAAGACCUUCAUCGUCAACCUGCUGCAAUUUCUCGACAUUGGCCCCAAUGCCACCCGCGUGGGGUUGCUGCAGUAUGGCAGCGUGGUCCAGCCUGAGUUUUCUCUCAACACCUACACCUCCAAAGCUCAGGUGGAGGAGGCUGUGAGAAACAUGCGGCAUCUGGCCACCGGCACCAUGACAGGCUUGGCCAUCCAGUACACUAUGGAGGUAGAGCUCACCGAGGAGCAGGGGGCCCGACCGAAGAGCCUGCAAAUCCCACGGAUCGCUAUGAUUGUGACGGACGGGAGACCUCAGGACACUGUGGAGGAGAUCGCGGCUGAAGCAAGGGAGGCCGGCAUCCAGAUUUUUGCUAUCGGAGUGGGACGGGUGGAGAUGAAGACCCUGAAGGCCAUAGGAAGCGAGCCCCACUCUGAGCACGUCCACCUGGUGGCCAAUUUUAGUCAGAUAGAAACCCUGAUCUCAGUGUUCAAGUCCAAGCUGUGUGGAGGCGCAGACAUGUGCAAGGUGGUGGAGCAUCAGUGCCAGCACCUAUGUGUGAGCAGUCCCGCCUCCUACAGGUGCAGGUGCAGGAAAGGCUUCAUUCUCAACCCGGAUGGGAAGACGUGUAAAGCUGAGGAUACGUGCGCUGCAGUGGACCACGGCUGUGAUCACAUCUGUGUCAACCUGGCUGAUGGCUAUGAGUGUCUCUGUCGUCCAGGAUAUGAGCUCACCAUUGACCUGAAGACAUGCAACAGAAUAGAUUACUGUGACCUGGGAAACCACGGCUGUGAGCACAACUGUGUCAGCUUACCGGGAUCCUACAUCUGCAGCUGUAAGAAAGGCUUCGUCCUGAACGCAGACGGAAAGACUUGCAGCCAGAUCGAUCACUGCGCUGCUGGAAGCCACGGGUGUGAACAGGAGUUUAUGAACACAGAAUCCUCCUGUGUGUGUAAAUGCACAAACGGCUACACACUCAGGUCAGACGGGAAAACCUGCCAAAAGGUGGAUCCCUGUGCUGAUGGCAGCCAUGGCUGUGAACAGGAGUUUGUGAGCGCCGGAGACUCGUGUGUGUGUCGAUGCAGGAAAGGCUUCACACUCAGACCGGAUGGGAAAACUUGUAAAAAGGUGGAUCCCUGUGCUGAUGGCAGCCAUGGCUGUGAACAGGAGUUUGUGAGCGCCGGAGACUCGUGUGUGUGUCGAUGCAGGAAAGGCUUCACACUCAGACCGGAUGGGAAAACUUGUAAAAGUGUUGAUCUGUGUCAAACUCUGGACCAUGGCUGCGAACAUCUGUGUGUCAGCACCACCGACUCCUACAUCUGUAAAUGUAACGAGGGAUUCCUGCUGGCUGAAAAUGGGAAAAGCUGUGGAAAGCCAGGGUGUCACGACGGAGUCAUGGAUUUGGUGUUCGUGAUCGACGGCUCCAAGAGUUUGGGCCCCGCCAACUUUGAGCUGGUCAAGCAGUUCGUGAACAGCAUCGUGGACUCGCUGGACGUCUCCAGGACGGCCACGCGCGUCGGACUCAUCCAGUUCUCCACCAAGGUGCGCACAGAGUUCUCUCUGGGCCAGCACGCCGCGGCGCAGGACGUCAAGCGGGCCGUGAGCCAGAUGCAGUACAUGGGCAGGGGCUCCAUGACCGGCUCGGCGCUGCGCCACAUGUUCCAGUUCAGCUUUUCGGAGAAAGAAGGCGCCAGGUUGAACGUCCCACGCGUCUGCGUCGUGUUCACCGACGGAAGGUCGCAGGAUGAUGUCUCCGAGUGGGCCAGCAAAGCAAAGACCUUGGGGGUGACGAUAUACGCGCUGGGCGUUGGGAAAGCCAUUGAACAGGAGCUGAGGGAAAUCGCUUCAGAGCCUGCUGAGAUGCACCUCUAUUACGCGGAGGACUUUGAGAAAAUGGGAGAAAUUACAAAGAAACUGAAGUCAAGGAUGUGUAAAGACAAACCGGCAGAUGAAAGCUUGUGUCGGUGUGAGAGCGUGAUCAUGUUUCAGAGCCAAGUGACAGAGAAGCUGAAGAACCUGGCUCAGAGUAUUGAAGAGAUGUCAAAGAAGCUGGAGACUCUGGAGAAUCAAGUGGCGAACAAAUGAAAUUCUGGCGCUGCCUGGUUCUGACGGGAUCGUCCUCAACUGUUGAUGCAGUUUAUCGUCUUACAGUACAAUGUGACGUUUUUUCCAUUAGGUGGUUCUGUUUCACAUCCUAUAUCUCAGCAUAUCUGUAUACAUUAGCUCAAAUAGACACCUUGUCUUCUAAUGAAACAAGCCUUUCAAAAUGCAAAGCUGCAAUAGGUGGAAGUUUAUAUAUUUAGAUUAAAUCAAGUUUUAUUUUGAAAUCUUUUCAAAAUUUCAUUUUGGUCCUUCUAAUGGCCGCCCAUUUGCUGCAAAGAUUACUUAAAAUGCAAAGUUCUAUCAGAUGCACAGGAAGCUAUAUGAGCUAUAAAAACGUAACGUGAGAUAUUUCAAUUCAGACACAUGAAAAAUACAUAAUCUAUUCGUUGAUUCUACUUUACUAAUAAGUCUAAAUCUGCACAAGAUAUAAAAAACACAAAAGCAUCUCCAAUUUUGUGUUCUGGUUAAUAUUACACUGACCUCCCAAACUGGAUGAAAACAGCAUUAAUUUGGUAUUCAAUAUGCCCAGAUGACAUUGACUAACAACUGUGUAGAAUUUUUAUGGGAUCUUUUUAGCCAUCAUUAUCAAUGGAGGCUCAAUCUGCACAAAACCAAACACACUAAGGUGGAUCCAAAGUCCAGGAAAUUCUCUUUUUGUGUGGUUUCACAAAUAAAACAUGUUCAUGCAAUUUGUUUUAAAAAUCUGACCGGUCCAUUAAUUUUGGAUUGGAAAUGUUUAAAAGUUGUCCAAAGUCCAGAAGCAUAUUUAUGUAGCUCCUUAUUUUAGCAGAGAACCAAAAGCUUCAAGUCAGACACCAACUUCAGCUCAUCGGCCACCAAUGUAUUUUACAGCGGUGUUCAAUGUGUGGCCCCGGGGGGCCAGUUGUGGCUUUUUGUCAUAUUUUGGAUCUUCACUCAUAUACACAUUUCAUUAAAAAAAUUGUUUAUUGUUGAGCAGGUGAAACAAAAACAAAAAAAUGUAAACUAAUUUUUGCAUUUUCAUUUCAAUGAAUUUUGUGGCCCAUCAGUUGUUAUCAGUUUUUGCCUCCUGGGGAUGAAAGUUUCAACACCACUGACUGGACAUGUAAUAAACACUAAAUCAGUCUUCUACUGAUCUAGUGUCAUGUUCUGUAGUCGUGUGUCAGAACAUAACACACGACUACAUUUGCUCCUCCCUCGUGCUGCCCCCCAAACCCAUGCCGCCCUGGGCAGAAAUCCAGGAACUCAUGGUUUUUCAACUGAAGUGCUCUCCCACUUUAAACACUUUAUUUGUGAAGAAAGUUGACUAUAUUAUUGAAUAUUGUACAGCAUACUGAUGAAUAAACAUUUAAAUAGUUGAA